GAGCAGACGAGUUGGAGAAGCUGAUUUUUCUUAAACGUUUGCAAUUUGCAUGUCGAUUGUCGGCUUUUUGCUACUGGUAUUAAUUAAUUAUAAGCAGAAAGAAGAACUUUAGUUUCUUCGUGUAUAGUGUAUAUACAUAUACUAAAGAUACCGUAACAUGGACGACACGAUCUCCGAGGGUGUGAUCCAGAUCCCGGUGGACUUCGCGACCAACCUGAAAUGCAUCGUGUGCAACGGCUACCUGUCCGUGCCCCCGAUCGUGUCGGGCAACAACGGCAAGAACGUCUGCGGCCGCUGCGAUUUCAUCACCUACAACAAGCAGGAGCGCCGCAACAUCAUCUACGAGGACGUGGCCAAGCUGAUGAGCUUCCCCUGCAUCUUCGAGAAGUGCAACAAGCGCAUCCCCUGGGGGGAGGUGGAGAAGCACGAGAAGGUGUGCUCGUAUGCGACGAUCCUCUGCCCCAAGAAGGACUGCCACGAGGUGGUGCUCGUCAGGGAGCUGGUCACCCACUUCACGUGGCAGCACAAGUCGGAGAAGGCGUCUAGCUACGGCGUCAACAACGUGGACAUCGACCAUAGCGUGCUGGAAUCGCCGCAGUUGCUGAUUUGUCGGGAGAAGCCGUUCUUGCUGUUCGCCUAUAAGAGCAACACGUUCAUCGGGAUCAGCGUAUACUCGCUGGACCCGUUCGAGGACGAGAAUAUCAAGUACUUCGUGACGCUCACCUCCAACAACGGGUUGCUGUCUAAAGGCCGCCAGAAGAUCCUCCCGUUCAACAGCAGGGUCCACUGCGCCGACUGCUUCGAGAACAAGUGCAACAAGAAACACCACAAGUACUCGCUCCACUACAAGAACAACUCCAACCAGGAGUUGCACAACUCCAUGACGACCAAGUUCGAGAUCGACUCGGUGAAGCGCAUCCUCGAGGCGGAGAAGGUGAUGUUCAAGGUGACGCUGUGCGACUCGUCCUACCCGCCGUCCAAGAAGCGGAAGACGGGACCUUGCGCCACCCCCAACUCGGAGUGCGACAUCUGCAAGACCCUGCUGUCGCUGCCGCUGGUCAGCCACAAGAGCGGCUCGAGCCUGCUGGAGUGCAUAAAAGACAAGAUCAAGACGUGCCCCUGCAACUCGGACAUCAAGGAUAUCCUGGGGGAUUUCGACGUCAUCGACAUCAUGGACGAUAUCAAGGAGGAGGAGGACCCCGAGGUAGCGGGCGAUAAGCCGGCGGAUUCGAACGAGAAGGAGGACGCCGGAUUGGAUAUUUCUGUGGCGGAGGUGACGCCGGCGCCGGUAGCGGCGGGGGCCGCCGAGCCGGCGAAGGAACCGUGAGUUUUCGUGACGUUGAUCUUACUUCGUAUUCCCUUAAAAUAAGUGUAGGAAUCUUGGAAAUAUUUUUUUUCCGUUCAUGUUCAAUAUUUUUCUCGGUCUUGAAUUUAUUACUUUUCUAUAAUAAAAAAUUGUAAUUUAAAAAAAUGACAUAUGAAUAAAGUAUUAGUU